UGGAACGACGACUUUAGUCUGACGAUCGCCUGCACCGAGCGAGGUUGACAAAUCUCGAGGUGUGUUUCUUCGUGGGGCCCCCCCUCGUGCGCGUUUUCCCUCGUGUGUUGCUCGCCAAUAAUUCCUCCACCCUCCCUCCCUCCCCCGUCCUCCCCCUCUGACCAACCACCCCACCCCCCUCUCUGCUCUUUUAUCAGUGCUCCUCCAAACCGACGAUCGCAACUAAAAAGGAAAGAAAAAAACGAAAAGAAAAGAGAAAUAAGGGGAGAGAGAAAUUCGCGAAAGUGAUACAAAGUCUUGUUCCAGAGUCGGUUCUCCAGGUGUUUGGAAACCGAUCUCGGCACGUGUCGCCCCAGGAAUUCGUAACUCGAAGAAAUCGUCGACGUGUUCUGUGCAAUCGCGGUUAUUUUCGUGCCCGCGGAGAAAUAGGGAGAGGGAGAAAGAAAGAGAGAGAGAGAGAGAGAGAGAGAGAGAAAGGAGAGGGGAAGAAAGUGUUUACCCGUUUACAGUGACUGAUACUCAGGUGCAUAUAGAAGAUUCGAUCGAAACGAUGAGGAACUUGUGGGUGUUUGGACACGAUGACUCGUGCUGCCCGUUGUGAGGAAUACCCUGUGCGGUAACAUGCGCGAGAUCCUGCGUGCUUCAAGGGACAGAUAGCUCGUCCUCGUCGAGGAGAAUUCCCCUCCUCCUUCUCCAUCCCCCUCCCUCUCUUCCCCCUCUCCUCCCUUCUUCCUCCUCCUCCCCCCCUCCUCCCUCCGCGCUGCUGCUGAUACCCAACAGCUGAGAACCCAGCCAGAAUCUUGAAAGGAUUAAUCGAGCGGGAUACCACCACAGGCUGAAGGCUGAAUUGAUCGCGCUAGCCAUGAACCUCGCGCUGCAUGGAUUUUUGUUGCAGGUUAUAUUGUCGAUUCUCAACCUCCAGCAUGGCUCCUUGUUAUGCAGCGCGGGGGAACCUGGCUAUUUGGACUUCGACAAUUUGCCAGAGACGAAUUUCUCGUGCCAGGGGAAAGUGAUCGGUGGAUAUUACGCCGAUGUUGAAGUCGGAUGUCAAAUGUUCCACGUUUGCACCAUCGGUCAAAAAGACUUGGUUUCAGACGAGAUUAUGGACAUAAAGUUCCUCUGUCUGAAUGGGACCGUGUUCGAUCAGGAAACCAGGGUUUGCGAGAGGGUCGACGAGGUCGAUUGCAGCAAGAGCGAGCGAUUCUACAACCUGAAUUUGGAACUCUAUGGAAACAACGCGGUCACUCUCAGUUUGCACGAAAACAGCGAGGACGACGUCGAUCAAUCGGAUCCAACGGACGAGCAUCAUCAACGUACCACGUCGGCUCGACCCACCACAACGACGACCAGCACGACGACGUCGAAACCGAGCAAAUCGUCCAGCACCACGCCAGCAUCCAACUCCUUCCCCCACCCCACCGGCUAUCCCCAACACUAUCAACCUCAGCCUCCGUUCCCUCAAGUGCACACGAGCCAGUCCAAGUCCCUUUACGACGAUAAAAACGGUGGAUACCAUCACCAGUACAUAUUCCACAACAACAACGGGGAAAGGAAAAACAAUCAGCAAGCAACCUCGUACCAAUUGUUCAGCAACCAGGGAAUCAGCUCGACAACCGUUCAACCGGGUCAACCGGUUCAUCAUCAGAUCAGGUACGGCUCGACUUCGAGCCCUCAGAUCAUCCGCAGCAACGAACCGUCCACUGUCACGCCGUUGUUCCACCACUCGACCUCGUCCACCAUACAAACGUUGUUGAACAGCAAUGGGAAUGGGGUGAUAAAUCCUAUUUUUCAUAACCACGGGAUAACCGCCAGCACCACGGAGCAAUUUGUCCACAGUAACAAUCCCAGAGAGACGUCCCACUAUCGUGAACAGAUAUCGGGGGAGCAGAGCGUCAGACCUUUGGAGGCUAUCCAAUCGACCAGUAAAGGAAAGAUCUCAAAAUUGACGAUCUCGCCUGUUCCAACGUCGGAAUCGUCGUCACGAACCGGGCAAACGAAAAGCCAGACCUCCCAACAGCAGCAAAGAAUCUCGGGAAACUUCCUUCCAACCCCGGCAACCGACGAAACGACGAUCAGAUCCUUCUAUCCAACCCCGAGAACCUCGUCGAAACCGCCCCAAACCUCCCAACCCGUUAACGAACAAGUCACUCAGCACAUACACGUGCUGCCACCUAUACCGAUCCCUCAAUUGAAGCCCCACCAGAUCACCAUCAACCUGCCGCCCCCAGAUCUUCAGAGAAUAGUCCAGAACCCCUCGUCCUUGCUACCUUCUCAAUCCAGGGUAAUCGUGACGGCCAAAGCAAGCGUGAGCGACGAAUCUGGCAGACCUCUGAACACCACCCAGUUGGUCACUCUUCCCCUUCCGACCAUUCCUGCCAGCUACGACGAUUACAAGGAGGGUGACGAGUCGUUCGAUCCUUUCUACAGGGACGUCCCUAAAAUUCGGAACGGCAGACGUGCAGUGGUCGACGAAGGGAAAAGUGGUUGGAGGGUGAAGAGAUCGAAGAAUUCUAUGGUUUCUUAUGGCGAGGAAGAAGGUUCCGAGAAGAAUAGGGGAGUGGCAAGUAGUUCGAACGUUGAGAACGAGAGUGACGGAAGGGAUUUUCGAUCGAUCAAAGAGAGUCUGAUGAGGUUCAGGGAUAUCUUGUUCGGGGACGAGUUCACGGAGGAGGCUAUUCGUAACGCGUUCGAGGGGAGCAGGUUACAGGGAAUUGAUAAAAGUAUCGUUAAUGGGGAGAAGGAUUCCGAGUUGGAGGAUCUGGAAACGAAGGCCUCUAAGAAUUUCAAGGCGAGGGAAUACGAGGAUGAUACGGAAGAAGAGGAGCAGGAGGACGAAAGGAGUAAAUCUGAUGAACAGUUUGAUAUUCCUGAUUUGAGGUCGGAUACUCAGGACGAAGAAGGUGAAGAAUACGUUGAUGUGGAUGAGGAAGGGAAAGAUGAAUCGGAUUCGAAGGAGGAUGAAGAAGAGGGACAAGAAAUUUCGAAUGAGAAGAUUAACGACGAAAGUGAGAAAGAUGAGGUCAGAAAACCGGAACGAGUCAUCGAUGUCGUUGUUCUUGAUCCAGAAGAAUACUCGAAAUCUAAAGAUGAACACGUUUCCACGACUGAAGAAGCAACUAUUAAAAUGGAAAGAGAAUCCACGCAAGAUUCGAAAAAUUCGAAAGACCAACGUGACGUCGUUGAAGAUAAAAUACAGAAGGAAAGUGAAGAAGGCGAAAAAAGAAGGGAAAAAUCGAAAGAGUUGAAGCCAAUUGCUGGAAGAAAAAGUUCGAGGAUCAGAUCUAGAGGAAAAGUAAGUUCAAGGAAAAAGGAAAAUAACGAAUCUGUCAAAUCAAUUGAUGAUAAUCUUCCUGAACAAAAUGUGGAAACAAGUACAACGAGAGUGAAUCCUGAGAUUGAACAGAUUGACGAGAAUAUAUUUGAGGAACCAGAAUCUCAAACUUCGAAGGAAGUCGAUACCAGAGCUGUGAACAAGCAUGGUGGUUAUUUAAAGAGUCUGCAGACGGGUAAGGAACAGGAUUCGGGGAAAGAGAAUCGAAAAGGAGAGGUUAACGAGUACGAGACCUCGGAAAAGCAAUCUAAAGCUUUGGAAACUUCUCAUGAAGAAGAGUCCAAGAAGAUUUUGAAAGAUGAAGAGAACGUGAACUUUGAUGAAGGACAAGUUGGAGGAAAAAAGGAAACAAAAUUUGAAGACGAAGAAAUGGAACGAAAGCCUGAAACGCUUAAGAAGAAUUCCUCGAUUGAACGCGAAAGCGUGGAAGACGAAUCGACCACAGUUCUCAAUGGCGAAGAUUUUGAAGAGGAUAGCUACGAAAUGAAAAAUUCUCAGGAGGAGAAAAGCGCGAAGCUCGAAGAUUCUUCAGAAGAAGAUUUCUCUCUUCUCAAAUCGAAGGAUAAAAACGCGAAAAUUGAAAGCGAAGAAGGGGAAGAAAAAGAGUAUUCCACGACUGCUAGGAAGGAGGAAAUCAAUUCUCAAGAAGAUUCGACAGAGCAGCGUGACUCUACCGAGGCAUUCUACGAAAGUACUUACGAAAUGGAUGAGGAUAACGACUACAAAGAUUCUGAAAAUUCCGAAGACACCACUAUUUCUUCCCUGGAACGUGCUAUUUCCGAAGAAACGCCAAAGGAAGAAAUUCUCGAGAAACGUAUUUUGAGCGAUCAGGAAGAAAGUACCGAAGGGGUUCUUAAAUUCACCGAUGAAUUACCCAAGGAUAGAAGAGAGGACGGAAUAUUGGAAUCUAAGAAAUCGUCAGAAAUUGUCGAUAACACCGCUCAUGAUUACGUUGAUGAUAAUUACGAGCCCGAUAAUUACAAAGAACGUGAAUCUUCAAACUCUAAUAGUCUAAGCGACGAGAAGAGUAACAAAGAAAUGUUGGCCGAUGGGAAAGUAGAGGAUACUGAUGAGAAAAUUGAAGAGGACAUAUUGGAAACUACGACGGAGUCUGAAAAAACUGAGGGAACUGAGAAUCCUGAAGACUUUAACACGGAGAAGACAGAUUUAUUACAGACGACAACGUCAACAACCACAACAACAACAACUACUACUACUACUACGACAACAACCGUUCGACCAACACCUCCAAAAUUAUUCAAACCAAUCUCUGCUAGGAAAAAUUAUAAUUACAUACCUCCAACGACGACUCCGAAUCCCGUGAUAAUCAAACCUAGAAUAAGCCUUCUCAAUCCCAAACCGGCAAAGCCGCCUAAAUCUUACAACGAGUUGGCACCAAAACCAGUGAUCAGAAAACUAACCUUGCUGACUCGCAAACCGACAACCAUGAUGGCUAUCACGACGGCCAUGGAGGAGAAUUUGAUGGAAACCACGGAAAUAUCGACUGUACAGUCGACAAUAAUUGCCAAUAUGAGUGAAAAUGGGAACGAAGAAAAUGUGCUCGAGGACAAAUUAAAGCUUGUCAACGAGAUGGAACGGGGAGACAACAUUUCGGCAAAGAGUAAGGAUGAUCAGGACUCCAGUCCAAGCGAACAAAAAUCCCCGACGAACGUCAAGAAGGAAGAGAACGAGGAAGAGAGUUUCACACCUUAUCCUAUCUCUAGAUUAUCCACUACUCUUGCCUCCACUACUGAAAACUUGAUGGAAAUCGAGUCAGCUAGCACAGAGUCCUUAGAAAAGUCAAAUAAGAGUUUUAUUUUGGUAGACGUGGAAAUAGUGAGUACGACAACUUUAUCGACGACUUUUGCCGAUUAUCCCGAUGAAUCAUCAUCUCCAACCAUGAAUCCAACUACUACGCAAGAUGAAACAUCGAUUGCAUCGUCGACCAAAUUCAUAGAUGUUCAAAAUAUGACAGAAGUUUCUGUCAUCGCUUCAACUCCUCGAACGAUGACCUCUUCGGAGUCCUCAUCGACGACUGAGAGACACGUGGAAGAGAUGGAAUCGACAACGAUCAGGCCUUUGAGUCGAAAAUCGACAUCGUUGAAAAGGCGAGACGGUUUCAAUUGCCUGGAGAAGGAGAUGUACCGUUUCUAUGGUGACAAUAGGGACUGUAGGUUGUUUCAUUAUUGUUCUCCCGGAUUUACGUCGAGGCAAGUGCUCGAUUUCCGAUUCGUGUGUGAAGAGGACACCAUUUUUGACGAAGAAAGCCAAAGUUGUCGCCAUAAUGUUAAGAACAAAAAAUGCCUGAAAAGACAGUGGUAAUGAGAAUCAGUCGGGAUUUUCAAGAUUGAUUUGCAUGCUCUCCCUUCGUGUCGCUGACAAGAUUGAUUUUGGUAAUUGGUGAAUCCACGACCUCCCCUAACUAGUGUAUAUUUAAUGUAUAUUGUUAAUAUGUAAGAUCUCUUUCUCUUUCUCUUUCUCUGUCUUCCUUCUCCUCGUGGAAGAGGAUACCAUCCCUUCCUUUAAGCAUUUGCCAUAACCCUUGUACAUGAUGAUAAUGGAUUCACACUUAUUAAAAUUAAUACACUCGAAUAGAUUGUUCGAAUAAGCGGCUCACGCGGAGAUGGGAAAAAUGGACGACUGAUCCUAUUUUUCUUUUCUUUUCUUUUUUUUUUUUUUUUUUUUUUUUUUUACAUUCUUUUUCAACGCUUAGAAUACUUUAAGCAAUGAACGAGAUUACAGAAUUGCGUUUUCCGUUUUUUUUUUUAGAAAGAACGAUAAGAAGAACACGUGAAAGAAAAAAAAAAGUAGUGGAAGAUUAUUGUUCUGAAAUAAUUUAAGUAUACUCGACCGAUUCGAAGAUUAUCGAUAGAUUAUAAAUAGCUCUGUCGAUAAAAUAGAAUUGUUCAAUCGAUAAAUUAAUUUCGUCGAUAUUUGAAUCGUGCAAUGUUGUAGUUAUAUUUCUUUUUUUCUUUUAUUUACUUUCUUGAAAUUAAUUUAUUUUUUUUUUUUUACUUUAGUUAUCUAUUUUUCACAAGACGACGUAUGUAUCACUUCAAAAAGUAUUAAAUACAAUUUUCAAAAUAUAUUAUGAAACUCAUAAUAACAGCAGCGUUCAAAUAUUAACGUGAGAUAGUUAAUCGUGGUUUGCAUUGUUUAUUAAUCACGAUAUAAAAAUAACACGAGAACAAUCUCUAUCAAAGAGAUGAUAAUAAAUCUUGCUAUCGAAAUCUGACAGUCUCGCAAGCCCUGUCGAUUUUUUUUUUUUUUUUAGGAAUAAACAGGAAAUUUUGUCGGUUCCUACAUUGCAUCGAUUAUUUCCACGACAAAUUGAUGUGUUCUAUCUAGCGAAACAGCAAUAAAUCUGUUAUACAUUGCUCAAACAAACUCAUAUAUUACGAUCGAAUAUUUGUAUUAGUUGCAAGUGCAUGAGUAGAUUAAUGAGAAUGUAUAGUAAUAAUUAGAGAAAAAAAAAAAAAAAAAAAAAAAAAA